AUGAUGAGCUCCAAAGAGGAGGAAACUCUGAGAUUUAUCCAGUAUGUUGAAGAUAGUGGACUAAGAGCCUACAGCGGGCUGGUCUCUCAGAACCUGGAUGUUGAAGAUAGUGGACUAAGAGCCUACAGCGGGCUGGUCUCUCAGAACCUGGAUGUUGAAGAUAGUGGACUAAGAGCCUACAGCGGGCUGGUCUCUCAGAACCUGGAUGUUGAAGAUAGUGGACUAAGAGCCUACAGCGGGCUGGUCUCUCAGAACCUGGAUGUUGAAGAUAGUGGACUAAGAGCCUACAGCGGGCUGGUCUCUCAGAACCUGGAUGUUGAAGAUAGUGGACUAAGAGCCUACAGCGGGCUGGUCUCUCAGAACCUGGAUGUUGAAGAUAGUGGACUAGGAGCCUACAGCGGGCUGGUUUCUCAGAACCUGGAUGUUGAAGAUAAUGGACUAGGAGUCUACAGCGGGCUGGUUUCUCAGAACCUGGACCACGGCAGGAAUGAGAGGAAUAGGAUUUACCUACAGGAGAAAAAGGACAAGAAGAGAAAACAGGAAGAAGCCAUAAAAAGGUAGGAGGCUUAAAAUGCAUUCCUACACCUACAGGACCCCUCCCUAAAACCCGGGCCGCAGACCUUUUGACCUCAGACCUCAGACCUUUCAGGCCUUUUGAGAAAUGAUCCACACAUACAGACUGGUCAUGCUUGUCUAUAGAUGUACGAUGUUGUGUCAUACUCGUGUGAGGACUUCUCACAAUAACGUUACAUGUAACAAAGCAUCAGAGACAGUCAUACACCUUAUAAUACACACCCACACACACCUCAACACACACACACACACACACACACACACACACACACACACCUCAACACACACACACACACACACACACACACCUCAACACACACACACACACCCCCCAAAACCCACCCCCCAAAACACACACCCACACACACACACCCACACCCACACACCCACACUGCAUGCUUGUCCAGUUAUACGUAGAUCCACUAAAACAUUGCAUGCCUGUGAAGUCACAUGUUUAAGUUGUUGCCAUCGUGGCCGUGGACCUCUUACAAGCCUCCAGGACAGACAAUGAAACUGGCCCAAACAUUCCCUUAAGGCACCCAGUCCAAUCUUUCAAGGAGGCCUUCGGAUUUCCCUUCAUUCUGAUUGGAAGCGAUGGCUUGCUGCAUUGGUCAAACUGUUGAGUUGUCAUACAUACUGCAGAGAGGAAAGAGUGUGUGUAAUGUAUGUGUUUCUUGUGUGUGUGUGUGUGUGUGUGUGUGUGUGUGUGUGCGUGCGCAUGGGUUGUGUGUGUGUGUGUGUGUAACAUAUCCUCAGUCCCUCCUGUGAAGAGUUCAUAGUGUAUGUGUGUGUGUGUGUGUGUGUGUGUGUCUCUCUCUUUGGCUAUGGCAUAUUGCCAUAUUUUGGGAUGCCUGUGGGUCGGGCAGGCCUCUCUACGGAGUAGAGUUAAUUUGUCACUUCCUGACUUAUUUGGGACUUGUCCUUGGCUAGAGGUUGUCCCUGCCUGCUCCACUUCUGCUAUGGAGAGUAA